AUGUGGCAUCUGCAGCGCCGCCAUCCCUUCUUUCAACACGCCUUCUUUCAACACGCCUUCUUUCAGCACGCCUGCUGCAUUCCCUCUCAAUCCCCGUUACCUCCUUUUCUCUCCCGUUCCCCCUUCUCCUUUGCCCGUCAGAUCCUGGUGGGGUACAUGGAUGAUGUGGAGUUUGCAAUGGGAGAGGCAGCCAUGCUUUCUAUCUUGGUAGGGCACACGGACGAUGCGGAGUUUGCCAUGGCGACCAGCCCGGUGGCGCCGCUGGUGAUCAGCGGGGGCAAGGACCACAAUGUGCUGCUCUGGAACGUGGCGGACCACGUCACGUCGCUGCAGUCCUCUGCUGCCCUCCGCAAGCCCCACCCCGCCGCCAAGCCGAAGGCCAAGGCAGCUGCUGCGCCCUCCGCACCUUCCCGCUCUGCCCCCUCUGCCUCUGUUUCCUCCCGUGCCCGUGCUGACUCCCCUGCUCGUAGCGGGGGUAGAGGUGGGGGAGGGGGAGGGGGUGGGGAUGGGGAUGGGGAUGGGGGAAGCGCGGUAGGGGACGCAGAGAAGAAGCGGAAGCGGGAGGAAGUUGUGGUGAAGGGAGAGGAAGUGAAGGAAGUGAAGGAAGGGGAGAAGGAGGAUGGUGGAGGGGAGGGGGAGAAGAGAGGUAGGGGAUUGGAAGGGAGCAGGAAGAAAGAGGAGAAAGAAGUGGAGGGAAAGGAGGGAGGGGAGGGCAAGCAGGAGGAGGCGAAAAAAGAGAACGGAGAGAAGGAGAAGAAGGUGGAAGGAGAGAAGAAGGUAGUGAAGGAAGAGGAGGGGAAAGAGAAGGGGGAGGAUGGGGAAGAGAAGGAAGGGGAGGAGAAAGAGAAGGGGGGUGAGGGAAAAGAGGAGGGGGAGGGGAAAGAGAAGGAAGAGGGUACCACAGUAGAGGAGUCUAAGGAGAAAGAUGCAGAUGCACCCUCAGAGGCAUUGAAAGAGAGUGAGGGCAUGGACGUGGAUAAGACAGGGGGAGAGGAGGGCGAGGGAGGGAGGAAGAGUGAUGCGGUUGGGAGUGAUAAGGCAGGGGGGGAAGAGGGUGAGGAAGCUGGGGGAGGGAGCAAGGAGGUGAAGGAGGAGAAAGCAGUUGAGGAAAGGAAAGAGGGGAAAAGCAAGGAGGAAGACGGAACAACUGACGGGGCACCAACAGGAAUGGUUGUUGACGAGGCAACUGGUGGUGGUGCUGGUGGUACUGGUGCUCCUGGCGAUGAUGAAGCAGAGGCAGAUGCAGACGCUGCAGGCAAGCCCACUGCUGCAGCCCGGUCCUCCUCCCCGUCCCCUCCACUCAAGCUCGGAUACGCUCCGAAAUCCACAAGCCUGGCUCCCCGGGGGGUGUUCAAGGGGCACACAGCGACCGUGGAGGACGUGUGCUUCCACCCCUCGCACUCCCAGCAGUUCUGCUCCGUGGGCGACGACUCGAGACUGCUGCUGUGGGACGCACGGACAGGCGGAGAGAAGGGGCCGUGUCAGAGGGUGGAGAAAGCGCAUGAUAGUGAUGUUCACUGUGUGGAUUGGAACGGGCGGAAUGAGCAUAUGGUGGUGACGGGGGGCGCGGAUAAGAGCGUGCGGUUGUUUGAUGUGAGGAAGCUCGGGGGAGGGCCGGUGGGGAAGGUGGAGGGGGAGGCGAGGGGGAAGGCGAAGGCUACACAUGCGUUCCGCGGAGGGCACCAGGCAGCUGUGCUGUCCGUGCAGUGGUGUCCCGACAGCCCCACGGUAUUCGCCAGCUGUGCAGAGGACGGCCUGGUCAACAUCUGGGACUGCUCGCUGGUGAGUUCGCGCCACACAUGUGCCUCUGAUGGUGAUGGUGCCAUGCUGGGGCUGGGAUGGCCAAGUCCCUCGCUGCAUGUGGAGGCGGUGAAGUCGUCUCGAGCUGACGGGGUGCCGCCCGGACUGCUCUUCCAACACGUGGGCCACCAGGAUCGAGUUAUUGAGUUCCAGUGGGCACCGAAGGACCCGUGGACGUUUGCGAGUGUGUCAAGCAACGUGAACAAGAGAAGGGGAGGAGGCACGCUACAGGAGCUCGCCUCGCGGGGGUUCGUCGACAAUCUCCGCCCGCCCAUGGCGGCGGCCGCGGAGCUGCUUAGCGCAGUCGGAAGAAGCGGAGAUGGCAGUAACGAGGAUGAUGACGUGGAGCUUUGGCUCGUUCAGAUGCCAGACGCCAAAAGUUUGGACCUCCGCGCGCUCGACGGCGCGCAGCUGCACGUGCAGGCGGGCGCGGGGGGGGGAGCGGGGGCACAGGGGGAUGCGCGGAGAGUGGAGGUGUGCCGGUUUGCGCCACCAGGGGCAGCUGCAGUGGGGAGAGGCGCAGCGGGGGGAAAGGGAUUCGUCUGGGGAGGCCAGCCAAUCACGACCCACUGCCCCGUGGGUGGGUGUCUAGUGGCUUUUGAGUCAAGUCAAAACUCUUACCUGUGCCCCUCUGCGCGCACUCUCUCACCCUUCCAUGAGAUCGCACUCGUGUCGGACCCACUGCCCCGUGGGUGUGAGCUCGCACUCGUGUCGGACCCACUGCCCCGAGGGGGUCUGGUGGCGGUUCUGCCUGGCUGUGACGGCCGCCCUCCCAUUGGUAUGCCUGCCAAUGAGUCACUGGUUGGGGCAUGUGUGUGA